AUGGAUGACAAUCCUGCUGUGUCCGGUGGCGCCGCUGAAGAUUAUCAGACCGGUGCCGCCCAAGAUGCCCCUGGGGAUGUGAUCACUGCUUCCGGGACUGGAAUCCGCCAACAUUCGCAACCAUCAAACCCGGAAUCGCAAUCACAGCCGCACCAGCAAUCCUUGAGCAAGAAGAAUAACCCUGUUCCAGAGACUGAUAACCCGCUAGAUGCCCCCGCCUCACCAAAGCCCGAUGGCGAACCCGCAGAUGAAGAGAUGGGCGGCACGGAGACGGAGGCGAAGAAGGAAAUCGACGGAGGCGACGAACUGGCCGACGUCGCCGCGGAGGGUGGUGCGGACGAGCAACCCGCGCAGGGCAAGGCCGCCGCGGAGUCUUCUGCACGGUCACACCUCGUUUCGCAAACCCACGCCAUCAUCCUUCCCAGCUACUCGACCUGGUUUGACAUGCACCUGGUUCACCCGAUCGAGAAGAAAGCUCUGGCGGAGUUCUUCAAUGGCCGGAACCGCAGCAAGACCCCCGCUGUCUACAAGGACUACCGCGAUUUCAUGAUCAACACCUACCGCUUGAACCCGAUCGAGUAUCUGACCGUCACCGCAUGCCGUCGCAACCUGGCCGGAGACGUGUGUGCGAUCAUGCGGGUGCAUUCUUUCCUGGAGCAAUGGGGUCUCAUCAACUACCAGGUGGAUCCUCAAACGCGCCCGUCAAACAUCGGUCCCCCGUUCACUGGCCACUUCCGAGUGAUUGCCGAUACCCCGAGAGGCCUUCAGCCAUUCCAGCCCGGACCCAACCACCUCGUCAAGCCCGGCAAGCCGUUGCCAGCAACUGACCGUGCGGCCUCGGCCACUCCGGCCACCAAGGCUGACCUGAACCUCGAGAUCCGUCGUAAUGUGUACGAUGAUAAGGGCAAGGAGAUCACGCCUGCCACCGAGGACAAGGAGAAGCAGACCAACGGUGAAGGCUCGACAGCAAAUGGCACCAGUGGGGACUCGGCCAAAGCGAUCGAGACUGCCUCCAAGGAGCCCAGAAAGAAGUCCCACUGCUUCUCCUGUGGCAUCGAUUGCACGCGUCUCCGAUUCCACUACGCAAAGACCACCCCGGCCACCGCCAACCCGGCUGCACCGGACUCGAAAUAUGACCUCUGCCCCAACUGUUUCCUGCAGGGCCGGAUGCCUUCCAACCACAACGCCUCGGACUUUGUCAAGCUCGAAGAAAGCCCGUAUAACAUCACCGCCGACAAGGAUGCCCCGUGGUCCGACUCGGAGCUCGUCUUGCUGCUGGAGGGCCUGGAGAACUUCGACGACAACUGGGAGCAGAUCGCGGAACACGUCGGCACCCGGACGAAGGAGGAGUGUGUGAUGAAAUUCUUGCAGCUGGAGAUCGAAGACAAGUACCUGGACGAGAUGCCCGAGAUGCGGGCGUCGGGUGGGCGCGACCCCAUCAGCCAGGCCGAGAACCCGGUCCUGUCCGUGGUCGCAUUCCUGGCUCAGAUGGCCGAGCCCGCCGUGGCUGCCGCCGCCGCCGGUCGCUCCGUGGGGGAGAUCCGUAAGGAGCUUCGGAAGCAGCUGGAGAAGGGCUCCGACAAGGCCCAGGAGAAGGGCAAGGAGCGGGAAGGCACUGCGGUCAAGGCCGAGGACUCCAUGGAGAUGGACGAAGCCUCGGAGCAAGCAGUGUCGGUGGCCGACCCCGAGAAGCAAGGCAAGGCAUCCCUCCCCACCGUGGCUCUGGCCGCGUCUGCCGCCCGUGCCGGAGCGCUCGCCUCGCACGAAGAGCGGGAGAUGACUCGCCUGGUGUCGGCGGCCGUCAACGUGACGCUGCAGAAGUUCGAGAUCAAGCUGCAGCAGUUCAACGAGAUGGAGGAGAUCAUCGAAGCCGAACGCCGCGAGCUCGAGCUGGCCCGCCAGCAGCUCUUCCUGGACCGGAUGGCCUUCAAGAAGCGGGUCAAGGAGGUGCAGGACACUCUGCAGAGCGUGAGCCUCCGGGGCCCCGGCGAGGAGACCAACGGCCUGCUUGCCGACGCCGCCACGACCGGGCUCGGCAAUCGAUACAACUUCCAGCCCGCGGGCGGGGAUGCGCGAGAGAUGCAGCCGUUGAGUGCCGAUGCGGGCGCCGACUACAAGGCGUUGGACCUGUAA